AUGAAGUUUAUCUACAUUCUUGCUCUCAUUGCUCCCGCCGUCUUGGCUGCACCGCAGGCGACGGAGAACAAGCAGUCUUCUCCAGCAACAGCACAGUGUCUUGACAUCGCUAAGGGUGUCCACCAAACCGACAGCAAGGCGAAGCCCAAUCUUGUGAAGGAUCUAAAGAACCUGCCGGCUUGUAACCCAUUUUUUCAGAAAUGUACCCGAAAGAUCGAUGCAUAUGUUUCAGGCGAACCCGUUAAUGAGUCCAAUCUGAAUGGGGCGAACGCAGCGGACAAAAAUGCCGUUGUAUGUCUCCUGCAAAUUCUGCCUGAUCAUUUCAAGUACAUGGCCCACCCCUCUCUCGCCAAGACCCCACUGCCUUCGGCCCAAAGCUGUCCAUUGCGGGAGCUGCACCGGGUAUCACACAUGGCACUGGCUGCUGGUAACAAACAGUAA